CACUAGUCAGAAUCCGGCCGCCAGCCGUACCGACAACUUCUAGGGUCACAAUACCUUUCCCUUUCUUUUUAUAAGUCAGUAGUAGCGUACUCCUACUCUCGGUUCUCCGUUUUAACCAGUGAUUUAUUGUUCUUAUUCACUACCAAGUGUUCGUACUGUGCAGACUUACUAUUACGGAUUUAUUUGUGCUGUGCUUCGAUAAUUGUUGCCCUCCACACCAAUUGGAUUACUUUGAGGAGGUCGACAAAAUUAAAAAAAAAAACUAUUUUUUUUUAAAAAAACAAUUUGUUAAAAAAUAUUACGAAAAUGCUUGUCGAAGAAAUGCCGCGUAGUUUUGUGAAAAAGAACAACAGCUACAGUCAUUGUCCGUUGAAAAAACGGCCAGUGCACGUGUUGUACGAGGAAGUUCCUGAAUCUGUCAAAGAUGAAAUAAUCGACGUAGUGACAGACGACAUCCCAGAGCCAGAAAACCUGAGCACAAAACCAGAAGACUUGAGCCGAUCUGCUGAAAAACAAAGAUCAGUAUCUAGAUCGCCGUCACCUUGUGCAAAAGUACCCCGUCAAUCACUUGAACAGUGCUCGCCGUUACGUGGUUCAUCGGUGCAAUUGCCGCCGACGCACCACCAAUUCUACCCAUCAAAACCAAUCACUCCACCAGCAGGAAUUGCUCCAGUGCACCAAAUCGUUAAAAAAGAACGGGUUGAAGUGAUACAACACGACGGUGGUUCAUCAUCAGCAGCCGCUGCACCGAUCCACUUUCUGAGCAAGACACCCCUGGAACCGCUAAAUCUGAACACUCCAGUGGAACCAGUUGCUCAUUACGCUACUCCAGCUUGGACCCGCGCAGCACCACUUUAUCCUCCACAUUAUCUACCAUACUCACCAGCGUACCGAUUCCAGCAACCAACCGCUGAAUUGUACCCAUCAUACCCUCUGGCAGGAUACCACCCGCACUCAUCACCAGAGCACGCUUCGCUGUCACCGCCACCUCACGCUGCGCUGACCUGUCCGACAAUUCAGCGACCAAUUCCACGAAACUACUGGACAGCUUCCAGUCCAGAUCAUUGCACCCUCUCGCCAACCAGUACCAUGAGCUACGGACCUUUGAGAUCGCCUCCGCCAGUUACUCCCGAAGAUUUAUCAUCCCCUGGAAGUGACAGUGGUCGUUCUAGUGCCGGUAGCACGUCAGCCGGGUCAAUGAUGAUGAAAAUCGAGUCCACUGGGACGAAUAUCGCCAGUCCACCAUCAGCUGCGUCGAACAAUCCUUCUUCACCAAGGUACCAGUGUCCUGAUUGUGGCAAAUCUUACUCCACCUACAGCGGGCUGUCAAAACACCAACAGUUCCACUGUGCCGCCGCUGAAGGACAAACUAAGAAAUCUUUCUCGUGUAAAUACUGCGAAAAAGUUUACUACAGUCUUGGUGCUCUUAAAAUGCACAUCAGGACACAUACGUUGCCGUGCAAGUGUCAUUUGUGCGGUAAAGCAUUUUCACGACCCUGGUUACUUCAAGGACACAUUAGAACCCAUACCGGUGAAAAACCAUUCAGUUGUCAACAUUGCAAACGCGCUUUUGCUGAUCGCAGCAAUUUACGUGCUCAUUUGCAAACUCACAGCGAUGUCAAAAAAUACUCGUGCAGUUCGUGCAGUAAAACAUUCAGCAGAAUGUCACUUUUGACGAAACAUCAAGAAAGUGGUUGUCCUGGUAUUAAUGUACCUAUUGGUUACAAUUUGUAAAUUGUGUUUUGUGCAUUCCAUUUUUUGUUUAAUUGUCAAAGAAAGUAACAGACUUUUGAGAUGAUUUUAAAAUUUACGAACUUUUAAAUAUUUUUGUGAAUUGUUGAGAAAAAAAUUUUCUUUCGAAGGUCUGUUACUUUCACAAGUAAUUUUAUUUCGUAAAAAACAAACAGAUUAAUAUAUAUGCAGAUAUAUACAGAUAUAUAAAUGAAUAUAUUUAGAAUAAGUGCCUUAAUCUGAGACGACAGACUGUUUUUGUGAGUACAAACAACGCGUGAACAAUUUUAUUCCUUAGGUUUGACUUUUUUUUUUGUUUCAUUCCUUUAUUUAUUUAUUUGUCGGUUUUGUAAAAUCAAAAUUUGUGUUUUUUUUUUUGUACUUAGGGUAUAUGUGUGCCUUUUUUUAGUUGGUGUAAAUGCCAUUUCUUGCUAUUCACGCGUACGUCUUCGAGUUUUUUUAAACGAUUGCCAUCGAGAGAAACCGCUGGAUGCGGUACCGUGAAACUUUCGUGCCAUUUUUUUAUGUCCAUCGUUUUAAAACAAUUCGAGGUUGGAUUAAUAAUAUUGUUUUUUUUUUUUAACUCGUAAUCGAAUUUUGUAAUGCGUCCUAAUGCCAUUUUUUUAUCACUUUUAAGCGCUUGAUUAUUUAUGUAUUUUCGGAUAAGAAAUAAUGUGUAAAUAUUUAAUUAUAAUGAAUUAUUUUUAGAAUGGUGAAAAAAAAAAAAAUUAAUACGCUGACGGGAAAUUCAUUUAAUGGAUAAUUAGUUUCUUCGCUCCGAUUUUUUUUUAAAUCGUUUGAGUUGCAAGGCGAAAUUUUUUUUUGAUUUUGUUAGUGUAUUGUUUUUUUUUUUCAUUUUAAUAUUCGAACAAACUAGUCAUUGUAUAAAACAAAAGCUGAAAAAUUAUUGUGUUGGAAAGUGAAGAGUUAAAGCUCUUGUAUUUUUUUAGACACAUAUUUUUCGAAAUUGAACAUAAAUAUUUUGUGUAAAAUAAAAUUAAGAGAAAUCAUAAUAUAAAUGCGAGACUCAGGGCGAGUACCACACUAUAUUUUAUAAGAUUUUGUAUAGAAAUUUUUUUAAAACUAAUUUUAUAUAAAAAAAA